UCGGUCAAAACAGUCAUGAAGUUAGUAAUUUCACGAUUAAAAGGAAAGGUCGUUUUUGAAUGGGAUGGGUAUCCAGCUAUAUCCAGUCACAUGGGUGGGUGAUAUGGGAAAAUAAAGGGUCAAAGGUUUCCUUUGAAAACAAUAUUAUUAUUUAAACAAAUAAAACGUCCACAUAUUGUAAGCUAAAAAGAGAUAGAUAUUUAGAAGAAAUAAUUUUUAAAAGCUUAUUACGCGUUAGGUGGAGAAGUACAAAUGAACCAGUGGUAUUUAUUGAACAGAACUUCUAGAUUCUGAUUCGGAUUUUAUUUUUAGAAUAGCUAAAAAUGGAUUUUUGUUGUUUACCUUAAUUUUCUCUAGUUCAUAUUUCUUUUUUUAACAUCUUUGUGUCAUCGAAAUGAAGAUUGAUUGGUCAAAGAACUCUCAUUUAUUUCAUAAUAAUGGCAACUUGGAUAGGAAAAGUGGAAAAUCAAGUUAAACUUGAACAAUUUGAUAAUAUUGUACUUACACAUGACUUACAGCUCGAGGACUGUCUUUCCGAAAGUUUAGAUUUUAAAUUCAAUAAUGUCUACUCAGAUUCAGAUAUUUCUGAUGUGCCCACAGACAAGGAAAAUGAUAACCAUGAAAAUGGUUUUGUACAACACACAGUGUCAUUGGACGAGAUAUGUAUGCAGAUCAACCCCGGAUCUUCCAACAAAAUGCCAAACGAGCCUUCGCAUGCCACCCUGACAAUUACGGCGACCAAUCCAGAGACCAAGGAGACGACGAUCAAUAGGUUCCACUGCGAGUACGAUGGAUGUGAGAGGACGUAUAGUACUGUCGGCAACUUGAGAACCCACAUGAAAACUCACAAAGGCGAAUACAGAUUCAAAUGUACGGAACCGAGCUGUGGGAAGGCCUUCUUAACUUCAUACAGUUUAAAAAUUCACAUCAGGGUCCACACGAAAGUGAAACCAUUCGAAUGCUCAGAAACCGGAUGUGAUAAAGCCUUCAAUACCAGAUAUAGAUUGAGAGCCCACGAACGCUUGCACAAUGGUAAAACAUUCAAUUGUGAGUCAGAUGGAUGUAAUAAAUUUUUUACUACUCUCAGUGACCUUAAAAAACAUAUUAGAACCCAUACAAGAGAAAAACCUUAUAAGUGCAAUGCCGCUGGUUGCGGUAAAGCCUUCACUGCCAGUCAUCACCUGAAAACCCACAUGCGAAUACAUACCGGGGAAAAACCCUACGCUUGCAAAGAGAAUACUGAUUGCAACAGGGCUUUCUCCACUCAACACAGUCUUAAGAGCCACAUCAAGACUCAUCAGAGGCACGAGAAGUACGUAGGCUCCGAUUCCGUGCUCAAUGAUGAUGGCAAUAGGAGUAAUACGGAGAUUCAAAUCAAUAUGGCUGUGGAAGAUAUGGACAAUAAUCCUAAUUAUUAUUCUGGACUACAGCAAGAAAAUUUAGCACCUACGGUACAAACUACCCUCAUUGGUAAUCCAGACGAUCCCAACAUGCAAUUCGAAAACGUUUAUUACGACAUGACCAAUGUCACACCACAGACUUUACUUAACAAUAACUACGUCUUCAGUGAAGUGAUUCCCGAGAAACACGCCGCUGUUAUAGAAGAAGAGUUCGAAAUGGCCAACCGACUUAAGGAUUAUGCCACAGUCACCACCGAAAAUAUACCUCUACAACUACUGUACAACAUCGGCACUGAAAAUGUAGAAAACGGCAAAAACGAAACGUUGAUUAAUACGAGAGAUGAACUAGAGGGGAACUCUAUAAUAUCGGAGUUUCAAAACACCGGAGUGACUAACAUAGAGAUCAAGUCAGCAGAUUUACCGUCAUUUGAUCCCAAAGAGGAUCCAAAAAUUCAAGUCAUAUCCCACAAAAGGAUAUUGCCCUUGGAGAACGCAGACAGUAGCAUAGCUAACGCAGAAGAAUUACUUAAUCAGCUUAAUACGUCCCAGAUAUUACCGGCCAGCACUGACAGUCAGUCAGAAUGGUUGAACCUUGUGAACAGCCCUACGCCAAUAGACAUCGACAAACAAAAUGAAGCAGUAAAUGACUUAGCGUCCUUUUUCGCUUUGGGACUGAGUCAAGAUAUCAAUUUAUCUUCUAAUACUGAAGAAGGUGUCCAAAAAGAUAGCUCCCUGCAAGACAACAGCACCACUCCCAUCUCAUUACCAAGCUGGAACAAUAACCAACCGACCACUACCACUUCGACCUGCUGCAAUAGCAAAUCAGCGUGUAGUCAAAGUGCACCUAACCUCACAGUCGCCUCCCCAGCUCCCUCAUUACAGUUAAAUAAUUUGCUGAACAUGACGCAGAACCAAUUGACGACAUGUAAGGUAAAACAGAACGCGAAUCACAGCUGCGCUGAGAAGGGGGAGAACUGCUGCGUUGUAGUGUGUUUAAAAACGAUCGAUCAGCUGAAGCAGAUGCUGACGUUCGCAUCCAAUUGCGGCAAUUUUCAAACGCUUACUUUAGGCUGUAUCAAAAGCAACAAUUGCGGUGUGUAAAAGUGAUAUUCUCAGUCAGAACGGGUGCUAAUAUUUAGUAGUUUUAGUUGGCUGUUUAUUUUAUAAGUAUGUGUCAGAAUAAAGACACUAAAACAAGGGCGACAAUUUUAACAGUAGUUUAUGAUUCCAAAUAAUUUUCAUCACUGGUAGCCAAAUAUGUAUUGCAUACGGUAACGAUUUUUAUAGAAAUUUCUUCAAGCAAAAGUCGUUGUGCAAACAAAUAAGUAGUUAUUCAACACAUAAAGACUGUCAAAUUACUGUUUUACUGAAACUCACUUCCCACUGAAACUCACGUCACUAUCAUACACUAUAAAUGUCAGAGGGUAUAACCUUAAGUAAAACAAGAAAAUCUACGGUUUCGUUUUGAUUCAAAUUUUUCUCCCUCCAUCCCCCGAUAGUACUAUUUCUAGGUCUACCUGUUGUCAAGGAGGCUCUUAGUAAGACAAAUUUACACCAACACGACCGUAGUUUCUCGAUAUAAUUUAAAACUAUUUAUAUUGCAGUAUGGUUAGAACGCCCUCUAACGGGGAAUAAGUGAAAUGAAUUUCGACUCGAUUCAAGUUCUCUGUUUAACCUAGGUAUGACAAUACCAAAAGGCACAAUACCUAAAAAUAUCAAACGAAGUAGCCUGCGACUUGAAUUGGAAAUGGACGGGUAGUAUGGUGAGAAAUAGGAUCUUCUGGCUCUGUGAUGCUCAUUCAUUGUUAUCUAGAAACCUUUAUGUCCUGUAUCGGUGCUAUAUUAUUAUUUUUAUCAAACAUACAGACUGUAGGCCGUAAGAUUUCUAGACAAAUGCGAUGUGUUAAUACCUUUUAAGCUCAAAUGGCCCCUAAAACUUUUAUAUUUCUAUUUCUAGUCAAUAUAUUAAUACUAAAUAGUGCCUUUCGAAGUCGAAUUUAUUGCCUAAAAAUAAUAUAAUCAAUAUAUAAUGAUUAUAGAAUAUAUAUAAAAAUAUAUUAUUCCUUACAAUGCUGUGAUGGACUAGUAAAAAAAGACUAUACACCUUUCAAUAUCUUCUCAGCAAUACUUUAUCUGUUAAUAUUGUAAAAGUACAGGAUUUUCUUCUUAUUUUAGCUGUUUAUAACUUUUAAACUAGAGGAUUUAAUUAUACUGAGAUAUUUUUAGUGUAAUCAUUGAGUGUAUGAUUCAUAUAGUGGUUCCAUUAUAUCUUUGCACAAACGUCAUGAAUCAUUUACAUUAAGUGAAACAUACGUCGAUAUGUAAUAUCAUUGAUAUGUUCUGUUAAUUUAAUAAUAAUUAGGAAAUUUUAUCGGUGGACGUAUUUUAUAAAGUUAUAUUGUACAUUAAAUUUAUAUUUAAAUAUGUUAUCAUCAUCCAGCCUCAAAAGUCCACUGCUGAACAUAGGCCUCCUCCCCUCGUUUCCAACCCCAUCUAUCCUGCGCCGCCCUCAUCCAGUUUUUAUUUACCUUUCUUAAGUCGUCAGUCCAUCUUGUAGGCGGUCGACCGACGCUUCUCUUGUCUUCUCUUGGCCUCCAUUCCAAUAACCUCUUCGUCCAUCGCCCAUCUGUCAUUCUGGCUACGUGUCCUGCCCAUCUCCACUUCAACCUGGCUAUCCUCUCGAUGACGUCAGUCACCUUUGUUCUUCUCCUGAUUUCUUCGUUUCUGAUUUUGUCUCGCAGAGUUAUUCCUAACAUUGACCGCUCCAUUCUUCUCUGCGUGACUCUUAGUUUGGUAGCCGAGGCUUUAGUUAAGGUAAGUGUUUCUGAUCCGUACGUCAAGACUGGGAGGACGCACUGAUCGAAUACCUUUCUCUUUAGACAUGUGGGUAACUCACUUUUAAAAGUUUCUCUCAGUUUUCCAAAUGCUGCCCACCCAAGACCGAUUCUUCUCUUCAGCUCAUGAGUCUGGUUAUCCCUGCCAAUCGUAAUUUCAUGUCCCAGGUAUUUAUAUCUAUCUACGAGUUCUAUUUCCUUCCCACCAAUACUGAUGUUCUGGUUGGGUACCAAAUUUGUCAUUAUUUUUGUUGUACCAAACAUCUCGAAAAACAAAAAUAAUGACAAAAAAUAUGUUAUAAUAUAUGUAUAUCAAAUACUAUUGACUGUAAUACAUUCAUCAACUCCCACAGAUAUCUGGAAGCACGUUGCCACUGGCGCGCUAGCGCCACUGUCGGCUUGAAGUAAAACUAUGUUUUGAAAAUGUAAAAUUUGAGGUAAACAUUCAAAUUUCAUUUAAUAAAUUUUUGAAUAACGAGCUAAUUAUGCUAAAUUAAAUUAAAAUAAUAGUUUAAAUACAAAAACAAUGAUAAAGCAAUUUUAUGAAUGUAAGGUUAGAUUGCUCUGGUUAUCACCGCACACUACUAGAUGGCGCUAUAUUGUUUGCUUCCUCAAAUGUAAUGGGAAAUGUCAAGAGUUGCAUGUAUUACAGUCAGUAGUAUUUGUAUAUACAGGGUGAUUGAUUAGUAGGGUAAAGCUCAAUAGCUCCGCUAUAGUAAUAGAUAGCAAUAAAAGUUAAUAACAAAAAUUUUAGCCACCUUUGAGCUUCACAUUACAAAAUUAGUUAGAAUGUUACAGGGUGUUCGAUAACACAGUGGCAGACCUAACUUAUGUUUUUUUUAAAUGGAACACCCUAUAUUUUAUUUUAUAUUCGAAAUCCUGUUAACUUCUCUAUCACAAAAAUAUAAAGGUUUGUAAUGUUAUACAUGGUAUUUACAAAGUUAUAACCAAUUUUGUAUGAAAAUCGUAACAGGUUCAACUCCCUGUAUAAAUGAAAAUAAGCACAACAGCAAUGGUUUAUUAAUGCCAUAUUUUUUAUUUAUUGUCAAAAUUUUUAAAUAUUAUUGAUAUUGCCAAUUUUCUUUAUAUCAAAUACACCGUGAGUCAAAACGCAAGUACAUUAUUUUCUCAGUAAUGUUAAAUGGAACACCCUUUAUUUUAUAUCAUUAUUGAAAAGUAACAUUAACGUACUUUAAUUUUUAUGUAACAUUCCCUAUGCCCAAUUAGUUUUCGAGAUAUUUUCAUUUUUCAGAGCAAAUUAUUUUAGGUGUUUAAAUUUAUCUAAAUUUUAAGUAAGCCAUGACUGAAUUGACAAUUGAAGAUUACCGAUUAUCAAUCCGGUAAUCAAUGUAACACUGUAGCAAAUAAAGAAAUAAAAAUAAUUUAUUUUUAAUACAUUUUACAAACAAAAACACAACCACUACAUGCAACAUUUUUGAAACAAUUAAAAACUAUCUUUUUAUGUAAAUGCAACAAAUAAACAAAGAAAAUUAGUAAUAAAUUUUACAAAAAAACACACAAACACAUGUUUUGUGAAGACAAUUAAACACUACUUUUGUAUGUAAAUGUAACAAUGUAACAAAUAAAGAACGAAACAUAAUUUAUCAGUAAUACAUUUUGCAAAAAAACAUGUUUGAAAAAAUUAGAAGCUACAUUUAAUAAAAUAUUUUUAAUAUUUAAUUACAUAAGGUGUUCAAAAUUAUCUCCUAACACAUUUAUGUACGCCUAAAAACGAUCAUUGAAUGAGCUACUUACUCUACGGAGCAUUUGUAAAUUAACACAUCGAAAUACACUUUGUAUUCUAUUUUUCAUCUCAUCCCUUGUUGUUGGAGGUAUUUUAUAAACUACAUUAUUAACGCAACCCCAAAAAAAUCAGUCCAGUUUAUUAAAUUCUGGUGAUUUGGGUGGCGACGCUACUGGUCCAUUGAAAAAUGAAAAUAUCUCGAAAACUAAUAAAUUUAAAGAUAGGUAAUGUUCUACAAAUUAAAGUACGGUAAUGGUACUUUUCAAUAGUGAUAUAAAAUACAGGGUGUUCCAUUUAAAAUUACUGAGAAAAUAAUGUACUUGCGUUUUGACUCACCCUUUAUUUGAUAUAAAGAAAAUUAGCAAUAUCGACCAUUCUUGAAAAUUUUGACAAUACGUUAAAAAAUAUGGCAUUAAUAAACCAUUGUUGUUUUGCUUAUUUUUAUUUGUACAGGGAGUUGAACUUGUUACGAUUUUCAUAUAAAAUUGGUUAUAACCUUGUAAAUACCCUGUAUAACAUAACAAACCUUUAUAUUUUUGUGAUGGAGAAGUUAACAGGAUUUCGAAUUUAAAAUAAAAUAUAGGGUGUUCCAUUAAAAAAAACAUAAGUUUGGUCUGCCACUGUGUUAUAGAACACCCUGUAACAUUCUAACUAAUUUUGUAAUGUGAAGCUCAAAGGUGGCUAAAAUUUUUGUUAUUAACUUUUAUUGCUAUAUAUUACUAUAGCGGAGCUAUUGAGCUUUACUCUACUAAUCAAUCACCCUGUAUUUAACAUAAUAUAACUUUAUAAAAUAAACACAAUAUAAAUUAUAAAUCACAAUAAACACAACAAAUGCACUAAUGUCACUGUCAGUGAAAAUGAUAAACGCCAAAAUUCAUAGUAAACAAGGCAUUAAAGGCAUGCCGUAUUGAUUAUCUUUGAUAAGGGGAUGGGUACGUAGUUUCUGCUCCAAUGUUAUUCAAAUGGGAUUCAUUUUUUUCGAAUCCUGAGAAAACUAAUAAGUAUAUUUGAAAAAUUUAAACGCAGAACGAAAGACUAAAUUAUUAUCGAGGGCCGAAAAUCCAUGAGAACUUUUAUAAUGUUUGUUUUAAUAAGUUACAGGGGUGAAAAACUAAGAAAAUUUAGUGUGAUUUUUAAUUUCAAUUAUCUCAUUUAAAAUAAACUUUUUAUUUAUUUUAAGGGACUUUCGGCCCUCGGUAAUAAUUUAGUCUUUCAUUCUGCGUCUAAAUUUUUCAAAAAUAUUUAUUGGUUUUUUCAGGAUUCGAAAAAAAUGUACAAAAUGUCAGUGAUAAUAUUUUCCAAAUCUAUCUCUGUCAUACAGCGCACUCUGUCGAAUAGAAUAUUGUCAGCAUAUUGUCAGUCAGACAGUGACAAUCAGUGACAAUUUUAAAUAUUUGACAUGGCAUCGGGAAUAUUUUGAGUUGUUGAUUAAAUAAUAUUGAUAGUGUAUUUGAUAAAUAAUUGAUUUAAGACGUGAACUUAAUAAAAACUUAUUUAUUGUUUAUUAUUUAUGGAUAAUCCAAAGCAGAGAAUACACCAGGAUAUAUUCAGUGAUCCAAGUAUUUUGUUGUUAAAGAUGUUCAAAUUUGUAAGCGUUUCAUAGUAACAAUAUAUCAUUAAAAAUCACUUUAUCACUUUUCCUCUUUCCUCGUUUGAUUAUUAGUUUUUGUUGUACAGUAGAUAAAUUAAUACAAUCACUGAAUGCAUAGUUAGUGAAAAAAUUAUCAUAUUAAUUAACUGAAUUAAUAAUUAAGGCAAAUAAUUAUACAAGUAACAGUUAUCCAAGAACAUUCAAAAGCCAUCUUUAAAGUUAAUGAUGACAUUGUCAAGUAAAGUUUACAUAUUCAUACCACCAAAAUCAGUGUAGACAGAAAAGGUAGGGAUAGCCGUAAAAUAUUUGCGAAUUAUAUACCGAUGGCCUUAACUUAUUGUGGUUUCUAUGGACAGGCGAUUUAACUUUGCAAUACUAGUUUAUGUUUGUAAAUAAGAGACCUAGUAUAAAAUAUGAUUUGUGAAUAAUUGCAUGCAUGUUAGAAGAUAUAAUGGAAGAACUACAUCACAUAUUAUUGAGUUCUCAUUUGGUUUUAUAAGUGAUAACUGCUAAAAUAAUGUAUUAAUCCACAAAAAACAUAUUUUGGAACAUACCUACUUUUUACUUUUAUGUUGUUUACAGCCAACUUCAUAGAUCAUAUAUUAAGUCACAUUCAGAUGCCAAAUAACUAACGUUUUUAUUUUUUGUUUUUUUAUUUAUUGUGUUAAUGCUAGUAUUAUAUAUUUUAUUUGAAAAUAUACCAUUUUUCAAGUUA